AUGGACAGGCCCGGGGCUUCCUGGAGCUGCUGCAUGCAGCAGCUGCAGCAGCUGCAUGCAGCUCCCGUUGCGCUGCAGCUGCCCCUCGGCGCCGCAGCAGGCUUCGUCGGCGUCGUGGACCUGAUCCACGAAGUCGCCCUCGU